AUGCUUGGAGGAAACUAUGAGGACUCAGACUCUGAGGAUGGAGGGAAGAUUGCCAACUCCAGUGAGGAAGAAGGCAACAAAGAGCCCGAGCCGGUAGCAGCUCAGCAGGAAGAGGAAGAAGAGGACGAGGAUGCAGAUGAGGAUGAAGACAAAUUGACUUCUGCGUCAAAAGCCUUUAAGGCACUUGAUGCUUUGGGGGAGGAGGCACUUGCCUUCAAAAAGUUUGCAGACAACCGUGCCAAGACCGAUCGAGUCCGCUUGCACACCAUGAGUCUGGAUCGGGUGACCUCAGCAUCUGCAGCCACCUUGCGUGGACAAGGCUGGCAUCCGGGAUCUGAAGCCAAGGAUGCAGUGAUUCCAGAGGAGGUGGCUGUGAAGAGGCCUCGAGAUGACGAGGAGGAGAGCAAAGGGAAAGGCCAGAGAAAGCUGAUGGCCAUUGAGGAGUUGGAGCAGCUGUCGGAAGGGGCACCGACCCAGUACAUCGUGGCCCAGGGCGUUUGCUUUUUGAAGCCCGGAGAGGAUCCAACAUCUCAGAAGAUUCUGAAAGCGAAGCGUCCAGUGGGGUCCAAGAUCUACACAACCGGAACCAUCUGGAAAGGUCCUCAAGGAGGUGUUUGGGCCGAGGUCGAUAUUGGCAAAUCUCCAGGUGAGAUGGGCUGGGCAUUGGUUGAGGGUCCUGGAUUUGGAUUGCGUGGCCCUUCCCUGAUUGAUCCGGAGGCCAAUGAUGGAGCUUCACAGAUGAUUCACAUCAGGUGGCUGAAGGAUCCGCCCAUUUUCAAUUGUUUGAUGCCAAAGACCGCAACCGUGGGCGACUUGGUUGACACCUUCUGUGCCAGAACAGGGCUGAAUCGCAAGGAAACUAUCCUCACCAAGGGCUUGCCAAAUAAAGCACCAAAUGGCUCUGGGGCGCUCUUGCCUGUGGACUACACUGAUCCCAAGGACGUUCUCUUUCGGGAGCUACGGCCUCAGUGUGGGCCACGCGUUGGAAGCUGUUCGCUUGAGGGUUUAAGGUCAAAGGCGCUACCCAGACUGUCCUGUUCCAGGCUAAACUGAUCUGAAACAGGAUGCUAGACAUUUGGUUUAAAUGAUCUGAACUGCUGUCGUAAAAUCAUUGAAUCCAAUACACUGUACACUCUUCUCUUGGUAUCUCUGGUUGGGGUGGACUCUGUUUUCCCUGCCCUACAGCACAGAACCCAAAGGAUGACCAUUGAGGAGGCUAAGUCAGUAGCCCAGAUGGAGAGAGAGAGAGAGAGAGAGUGUGUUGUGUGCACCUUCUGUUCUGCUCAAGCAUGAUGACCAUGCUUGACAUGAGAUUUGUCCUGGCGGUGUUCGAUCGACGCACAGCUGAGGAUCCGAGAUACUUUGAACUUGGCCGCUUGGAAUCACUGAUCACUCAGUGUAUACUAGUAGCAUCGCUACUAGGAGCAUGGACGCUACUAGGGGCUCCUGGCCUUACUACGAACGGAGGUGGAAGCUACUAGGUGGCCAUCGCUAUUCGGUUGGAGGCCAUCGCUACUAGUAACAAGAAGCCGUGUUGUUUCAGAGUCAGCGUCGCAACCGGACUUUCGGGGUUGGUCGCCGGUUUUGCUUCAGCA